AUGUUACAUUACUUCCGCUAUGGCAAAGAUGCCACCAAGGUAGAGACUCCUGCCGCAAGCACCCCCGUUCGGGCUUUGCCUGCUUCUUGGUACACCUCCCCAGAGAUGUAUGAGAUGGAACGUCGGGCAAUCUUCGCAAAGCGUUGGCUCUUCAUUACUCACAAGUCUCGUCUUCAAAAGGCGGGUGAUUGGGUGCGCUACACCCUUGCUGGCUACGACUUUUUCCUCAUCCGGGAUCGCAAGGACAACAUCAAUGCUCUCCAUAAUACGUGCCGGCAUCGUGCGUACCCCGUGAUCGACAAGGAGGGAGAAGGAAAUGCACAGAUACUUGCCUGCAGAUACCAUGGCUGGUCUUAUGGUCUUGGUGGAAAUUUGGCUAAAGCGCCAGGUUACGAGAAACUAGCAGGAUUCGAUAAAAGCCAAAAUGGCCUUCAUCGCAUCCACGUCAAAAUCGACAAGAAUGGGUUCAUCUGGGUCAACAUGGAUGCAAAGGAGGUCCCAGAGGUGCCAUGGGAGGAACAUUUCCGAAACGUUGAUGUCCAAGCUCGUUACGAAGGCUACAACUUCGAUGAUUACGUCCUUGACCAUACAUACGAACUUAACGGCGACUACAACUGGAAGAUCGCAUCGGACAAUUUCAAUGAGUGCUACCACUGUCCUACCACCCAUCCGGAUAUUCCUGCCUUCCUUAACCUGGAUUCUUUUGAUAGCGACGUCAAGGAUGGGCACAUUCAACACCACUGCGUUGCCACCAAAGAGCAAAUUGAGAAGGGACUGAACGUCCAUAGUACUUACUACUUCCCCAAUGUAUCAAUGAGUGUCUCGCGGCAUUUCCUUAUGAUCCAAAAGUUUAUGCCCAAGGGACCUCAACAGUCCAUUAUGGCGUACGAAGUCUAUCGCAACAAGAACUCGUCCGAUGAGGAUUUCCAUUUGAUCGCCGACAUGUAUGCACGUGUAAUGGGUGAGGACAAAGUUCUCUGUGAUAAAGCUCAGAAGAAUCUCGACCGUGGCGUGUUUGUCAAUGGCCAACUCCACCCUCAAUUCGAGAAAGCACCACUUUUCUUCCAGAACACGGUUCGAGCCGUCAUCACGGAACAUUUCAACAAGGAGAAGGCUGCGGGACAUGAGAUCAACGCAGCAAAGAGCGUGCAGACUGACUCUAAAGAGACGGAGUCGGAUGAAGCAAUAUGCGCAGGUAUUGCAUGUGGAACGCAGAAGGAGGUCCUCGCUUGGUAG